AGCUGGCAACGGUAGAGGAAAGUGGUGAACUCAUUUGACUUUUCUUUAUCAGCUGUACCAUGUACAUGAUGUGCAAGAGGACUGGGGCUCUGUGUUAAGGCCAGCUGGGAUGCUGAGGUUUUGUGUUAGGACCAAGGGUGAGCCUGAUGGCCGUUCUGGUUUGCCCUGCUCCAUGUCAUGUCCUAAAGGAGUUUAGGAUAAGAAGGGAAAUGUGGAGAUUGUGCCUGGUUUACUAUUUUUAUCCAACCUCCUCAACUUUGUAUGUAUUGAAGAUUGAUGUUUUAAACCACAGUUCCAAAGAUGAGAGGCCUUCUGCUGAAGGGCCACAGAGGAACACCAGGCUGGGAUGGAUUCAGGGCAAGCAAGUCACCGUGCUGGGAAGCCCUGUGCCUGUGAACGUGUUCCUCGGAGUCCCCUUUGCUGCUCCCCCGCUGGGACCCCUGCGAUUUACGAACCCUCAGCCUGCAUCGCCCUGGGAUAACUUGCGAGAAGCCACCUCCUACCCUAAUUUGUGCCUCCAGAACUCAGAGUGGCUGCGCUUAGAUCAACACAUGCUCAAGGUGCAUUACCCCAAUAUCGGCGUGUCAGAAGACUGCCUGUACCUGAACAUCUAUGUGCCUGCCCACGCCGAUGUAGGCUCCAAGCUCCCCGUCUUGGUGUGGUUCCCAGGGGGUGCCUUCAAGACUGGCUCAGCCUCCAUCUUUGAUGGGUCCGCUCUUGCUGCCUAUGAGGACUUGCUGGUUGUGGUCAUCCAGUACCGGCUGGGAAUAUUUGGCUUCUUCACCACAUGGGAUCAGCACGCUCCGGGGAACUGGGCCUUCAAGGACCAGGUGGCUGCUCUGUCCUGGGUCCAGAAGAACAUCGAGUUCUUCGGUGGGGACCCCAGCUCUGUGACCAUCUUUGGCGAGUCCGCGGGAGCCAUAAGUGUUUCCAGCCUUAUACUGUCUCCCAUGGCCAAAGGCUUAUUCCACAAAGCCAUCAUGGAGAGUGGAGUGGCCAUCAUCCCUUACCUGAAGGCCCAUGAUUAUGAGAAGAGUGAGGACCUGCAGGUGGUUGCACAUUUCUGUGGGCACAAUGCGUCAGACUCUGAGGACCUGCUGAGGUGCCUGAGGACAAAAUCCUCCAAGGAGCUGCUGACCCUCAGCCAGAAAGCAAAGUCUUUCACUCGAGUGGUUGAUGGUGCUUUCUUUCCUAAUGAGCCUCUAGAUCUAUUGUCUCAGAAAGCAUUUAAAGCAAUUCCUUCCAUCAUCGGAGUCAAUAACCAUGAGUGUGGCUUCCUGCUGCCUAUGAAGGAGGCUCCUGAGAUCCUCAGUGGCUCCAACAAGUCCCUUGCCCUCCAUCUGAUACAAAACAUCCUGCACAUCCCGCCUCAGUAUUUGCACCUUGUGGCUAAUGAAUACUUCCAUGACAAGCACUCCCUGACUGAAAUCCGAGACAGUCUUCUGGACUUGCUUGGAGAUGUGUUCUUUGUGGUCCCUGCGCUGAUCACAGCUCGAUAUCACCGAGAUGCUGGAGCACCUGUCUACUUCUAUGAGUUUCGGCACCGGCCCCAGUGCUUUGAAGACACGAAGCCAGCUUUCGUCAAAGCUGACCACGCUGAUGAAGUCCGCUUUGUGUUCGGUGGUGCCUUCCUGAAGGGUGACAUUGUUAUGUUCGAAGGAGCCACGGAGGAGGAGAAGUUGCUGAGCCGGAAGAUGAUGAAAUACUGGGCUACCUUUGCUCGAACCGGGAAUCCCAAUGGGGACGACCUGCCUCUGUGGCCAGCCUAUAAUCUGACUGAGCAGUACCUGCAGCUGGACUUGAACAUGAGCCUUGGACAGAGACUCAAAGAACCGCGGGUGGAGUUUUGGACCAGCACCAUCCCCCGAUCCUGCCUGCUUCCGACAUGCUCCAGUCCUCUUUCCUUCUUAAUUUUCCUUUCUCUCCUCCAGCCUUUCUUUUUCUCUUUUGUUCCUUGGGAAGCUAUCUUUCUGUGAUUUUGGUUUCUCUUCUCCUCCUACAAUUUUUCCCCGCAAUCAUUAGCUUUUUUCCAAGUUCAGCUGCUUUCUAUGGGGAUCUUUGCAGAACAAGCUGCUUUCGCUGAUAUUUUACAGACUUAGGAAUGAUCCUUACGGAAUUCUUUUCAACAUCAAAAAGUGCAAUUUGUCUUGGAAGGCAACACGAUUUCUUCAAUAAAUUUGGAAGAGGACUGACCUAUUAGUUGUCAUAAUAAUGAUUUUAUAACUCAUAUGAAAUAAAAUCAGAAUGUAAA